AGUAAUACAUAUUUACGACGGUACUUGAAGGUUUCAAGACUGGGCAAAAGAACCUGACGCGCAUCGUGAUUUGAAUGAACGGACCAAUCAGCGGGCUUGCCGGGCGGAAGCCGCUGGCUUCCUGUCCCUCUUGCCCAAUCAGUGCCUUGGUCCGUUGUAUGCCCUGCUUUUUGAAAUGAGCUCCAGUAGCACACGAAAACCGACUUGUUCAGCUAUGAAGUAGUUAGCUGUCAACAAACUGAAGCAGCCACAUUUGGACAGCUUGGACUAUAUUCCCGUUGAAAGGGCAACAUGCAUCGACACCAGACUUGAGAUUUUUAACAGAGAUGUGUCAAUUGUUUUGAGUAUUUUGGACCGCAGAAGAAUUCCGUAUUGUAUUGUUGACUGGGCUACUAGCCGAGUGGCUAACUGAGUUAGCUCCCGAGCGUAUUGAGUUGAACUAGUUUGGCCGCUAACGGUGUAGCUUUCUGUUCUUCCUUUCUUCAAGGCACCAGCCGCAGUACCUGUCGAUUGGUGCCUCCAUCGGUCCCUGACAUGGCUGACAGCAGCAUUCUGACGUUGGGGACAGCUCGGAGUCUGCUGGUGGACACUUCGGUCUAUGACUCCAGGAUUGCAGAAACCACCAAGGACCACGUCUUUCUGGGCCUGGCAUGUGAGGACGGGGAAGAUAUGCUGCCAAAAGUGGAGACCAGGGUGGUUCUUGUGGGAGCAGCAGGCAGAAAUGCAGCCCUGGUCAAGGCACUGCAGGCCAUCAGAGUAAUGGAGGUACCCGUGGUUAAGAUAAGAGAAGGCGAGGCGGGCGCCGAGGAGAAAAUGAUGAUAAAAUCUAUAGUCAAUAUGGACAUCCACACCCCGUGCAUUGUGACCGACAGCGUGCAGGAGUUUGCGGAUGGAGAAAACACUGAUUUUGAGACGGUGUUUGUCCUCACAGACUUUGAUUCUCCCAACUACAACUACCUCUACAAACGCGACAACCGCAUCGUCGGGCCUCCCGUCGUGCUGCACUGUGCUGCCAAGGAGGAACCUCUCCAGUUCUCAUGUCGUCCUCUCUACUGCACCACCAUGCUGAACCUGUCGCUGUGUUUCACUGGCUUCAGGAAUAAAGAGGAAAUGAAGAAGUUGGUGAAUCUGGUUCAUCACAUGGGUGGAACUAUCCGGAAAGACUUCAGCACCAAGGUUACCCAUCUCGUUGCUUACUCCACCCAUGGAGAGAAAUACAGGUUGGCGGUGUGCAUGGGGACGCCCAUCCUGACUCCAUCAUGGAUCCAUAAGGCCUGGGAGAGAAGAGAUGAAGUCCACUUUAACGCAGCAGAAGAGGAGUUUCGAACAGAGUACAAAGUGCCUCCGUUCCAGGACUGCAUCCUCAGUUUCUGGGGUUUUUCAGAUGAAGAGAAGACCAACAUGGAGGAGAGGACUCUCAAACACGGUGGCAAAUAUCUUGAGGUUGGAGAUGAAAGAUGUACACACAUGGUGGUGGAGGAAAACUCCAUCACGGAACUCCCAUUUUCUUCAAACAAAGUCUAUGUGGUCAAACAGGAGUGGUUCUGGGGCAGCAUUCAGAUGGACGCUCGGGCCGGAGAGUCCAUGUAUUUCUACGAGAAGAACGACAGCCCAGCCAUGAAGAAGGCCGUGUCCCUGCUGUCCCUCACCACCCCCAACAGCAACCGCAAGCGCCGGCGUCUCCGGGACACGCUGGCUCAGUUCACCAAGGAGACGGAGAUCUCCCCCUUCCCUCCGCCGCGCAAAAGGCCGUCAGCAGAGCACUCCCUGUCCAUCGGCUCUCUGCUGGACAUCUCUAAUACCCCGGAGACAUGCAAGGCCUUGGCAGAGACCUCCAGGCCCUCCAAGAGCUCCACUCCGGCUCUCUGCAAGCAGUCAGCCAGGUGGCAGGUCUCCAAGGAGCUCUACCAGACCGAGAGCAACUACGUGGACAUUUUAAGCACCAUUCUGCAGCUUUUCAAGAUACCAUUGGAGAAAGAGGGGCAGGUGGGUGGACCCAUCCUGGCCCCAGAAGAAAUGAAGAACAUAUUUGGCAGCAUCCCAGAAAUCUACGACGUUCACACUAGAAUAAAGAGCAACCUGGAGGAGCUGCUGACAGACUGGUCAGAGGACAGAAGUGUAGGAGACAUCAUCCUGAAAUAUUCUAAAGAGCUGGUCAAGGCCUACCCCCCCUUCGUCAACUUCUUUGAAAUGAGCAAGGAAACAAUUGUUCGUUGUGAGAGACAAAAGCCCCGCUUCCAUGCUUUUCUUAAGAUCAACCAGUCAAAGCCAGAGUGUGGCAGGCAGACGCUGGUGGAGCUGCUCAUCAGACCAGUGCAGAGACUGCCCAGUGUGGCCCUGCUCCUUAACGACAUAAAGAAGCAUACGUCGGAUGACAACCCAGACAAGAUAACGCUGGAGAAAGCAAUAGAGUCUCUGAAAGAAGUCAUGACUCACAUCAACGAGGACAAGAGGAAGACUGAAGGCCAGAAGCAGAUCUUUGAUGUUGUUUAUGAAGUGGAUGGCUGUCCUGCCAACCUGCUGUCGUCCCAUCGCAUGCUGGUUCACCGGGUAGAAACGAUCGCCCUGGGAGAGCAGCCAUGUGACCGUGGAGAACAUGUCACACUGUUCCUCUUCAAUGACUGCCUCGAGAUUGCGAGGAAGCGCCACAAGGUGAUCAAUACAUUUAAGAGUCCGCUGGGACAGACGAGGCCCCCGCCCCCCCUCAAACACAUCACACUGAUGCCGCUGUCCCAGAUCCGCAGAGUGCUGGACCUGCAGGACACGGAGGACUGUGUGAAUGCCUUCGCCUUGGUAGUACGCCCGCCCACCGAACAGGAGAACUUGUUGUUCAGCUUCCAGCUGGCCGCCGAGGAAACCGUUAAAAGCGCCUGGCUGCGAACUCUGUGCCGCCACGUCGCCGACACCAUCUGCAAGGCUGAUGCGGAAGACCUGAUUCGAUGCACAGACCCAGACUCACUACAGGUCAGCACCAAAGAUAUGGACAGCACCCUGAGCAAAGCCUCCAGGGCCAUCAAGAAGACCUCCAAAAAGGUGACCAGAGCCUUUUCCUUCACCAAGACCCCGAAGCGGGUGAUCCAGCGGGCCUUCAUGGCCAACAGCACUCCGGAGGAGAAAAGCCAGAGGCUGAGUUGUGAGAACCGUGUGGGCAGCAGCUCCACGCUGGCUGCCCACCCCUCCCCCUCCAUGGUCCAUCUGCCCUCCAUGUUUGAGAAGAAGUACCACACAUUCAGUCGCUCCACCACCCACCUCUUCUGAGACGACUGAUGCUUCACAGCGAGGUGUGUGUGUGUGUGUGUGUGUGUGUGUGUGUGUGUGUGUGUGUGUGUGUGUGUGUGUGUGUGUGUGUGUGUGUGUGUGUGAGAAUUGUCCAGCUGGAACCAUGAAGCAGUUGUUCCUGAUGCAGCAGGAGCAGACUGCUGUCCUGUCCGGUGCCCUCUGGCUGUAAAAGAUGAAGGAUGCUGUGCUUUUUGUUACUGUUUCCUGAUUGGUUGGCGUUGGUUGGAGACACACUGUCUGUCCUCUGGUUCUGUCCACAAAGGUCUCUGGAUGCUGAAUGUGUUUCUCACUGCUUUAGAGCUUUCUUAACGACAUCAGGUGGUUGAGGUGUUUGUUGUAGUAGAAGUUACAUCUUCUUGUUGACUGACAUUGUUUUAUUGUCGUAGACUUAUUCUUACCUGAUGUACUUGUAUCACUUAUUGUAAUUAACCCACUUUCCACAUUUAAACCUUUGGUAGUUCCCAGCUUUUAUAAAGCUUCUAUUUUAACUUGCGAGUUGAAUAAAAGCACUUGUGCUCUUGUUCCCUGUACUUUGUCCUUUUUAAAGCCCUUUUUACAGCGUGUAUCUGAAUGUUUCACAAGGAGUGCUGCAUCAGUGUAUUUAUUCUUAAUUAUCCUUUUCUCAUAUUUAUGUUCCAUGUUUGUCUAUUUUUCCUCUAAUUCUGAUUCGUUGUCUUCUGUGGUUUCAUCUCUGUAUUAAAUGCACUAAAACAUG